AUGGAUAAAAUUAACACCCUACAGAGAAGCAUUUUGAAUCGCCUUGAUCUCUCGUCCACUAGUGGGAAAACCUUGCCUCAGGCUGCUCCAGUUCAAUCCGACAGCUCGCGCGAAGACCCGCAGCCUGUCUUGGUUCCCGCUCAUGACGGUGAGUUCAAAAUCCAACCUAUCGAGGUGCCCCAAGCCGGUGAUGGUGAUGUCGUCGAGCCUAUCGAGGAAGAAGAGCCUAUUCUUGCCCCCGUUCCAAAGAAGCCAAAUGGGUUGAAGCGUUUCUGGAACAGAUACGUCCAUCAAUCGAAGAUUACGUUGAACUAA